AAGGCGUCAGCUGGCAGGAAAGGGAGUCGAAACCUUUGGUGGCUUUCCCCUUCCCCAUUCUUUUUCUUUCUUGCUGUCUCCCACUACUGCAACCAUCGCUCACCGCUCGUCGACCCCGCCAACCGCUGGAGAUACCGUCCCAUGUCGCACCGGAUGGGUAGAAAGUUCGAUCGUCACCAGAUCUUGCGGCAGAAAGACCCUUGGGAGGUGGCAAGGAAUGUCUUCGAUGUCGCUCUGGAAUUCGCGCUGCUAGGCUACGUCGACAAAGCGACCGAACUAUACAAUCUCUUCGAGAACUUCGCUUCCGGCUGCAAGACGUCAUGGAGUCCCGGGUUAUACUUUGCAUGGGAGGCUACCGGACUGUGGCCAGACUCGAUUCCCGCCGAGGAACGGACGCCGGCAUUUCUGUCGAAGAUGGAGACGGAGCGUAUACUGUGGAAGAGGGAUAUGCAUAAGUCGGAUGAAGGAUUGGACAAGUUGAUUGCGAUUGCGGCUGGCGAGGGAAAGUUGGACUCUUGGGGCGACACGCAAGUACGAGCGGACGACCUCGCCGCUGCUAUUGAUCUUGCGCUAUACAUGAACAAACGGGAGAAGGCACUCGAUAUCCUCCAAAUAAUUGCGGACAACUUCAACGUAACGUGGCUGGAGCUCUCGAGAUCGCGACAGCGUCUGGAAAAGGGUGCUGCGCGGAUAUACAAGGAUCUACCGAUGAAGGAGCUCGUGAAAAUGUGCAAUGACAACACCAUCAAGAACGCUGUGUGGGAAGAGAUGGAUGUGGAAGACCCAGACGACCCUCCAGAGACAAUCCUUCACAAGGGUGCCACCGCGGAACAAAUCAAGAAGUGCGAGGAAAGACUGGAGCACGAUCUCCCUGACGACUUCAAGGAAUUCCUUUCCCUAACCAACGGCAUCGACACAUUCUGGAACGGCUUCUACGGCGAGCCGAAAAUGCUAAGCACUGAGGAGAUCCACUACUUCGACGCCAGCGAGCAGCAAGCAAUAUGGGAGGAGGCGGCAGUCGAAAUCGGCUUCUUUACGGGCAUGAGCGUCCCAGCGAAGUACCCAAGAAUGAACCCAGUGAUUCAGAUCAACGGCGGCGGCGAGGACUCCAAGUUCGUUUGGUUUAUGACUCCAGAGCUCGGGCGGGCCCUGGGAGGUGCCUUCUUUGAGGCAUUUGGACAGCUACCGCCAGACGAGCACGAGCAUGUCAAGAAACUCCUCGGGCAUUUCCACGCGGGGCUCAAGGACGUAACACAGAUUGAGUGGCAGGUCAUUCUCUGGAGCGUGCAGACUCUAUCGCUCGUAACGUACCAUUCUUUCCGGGAGUAUCUGGAGGUUCUGGCGGGCGAUACCGCGAACGAGGACAUCCUGGACGAGGAAGACGAGCAGGGGCGGUUACUUCACAGCCACGACAUUUUCGCAUACCAGCUGCGGUAGCUUUGGGUGGUUUUUUCUUGAACUGUCGCACCGUGUUAAAAAGCGAGGAGGCACUCUCGACGUCCUUUAGGCACCUUCUUUCUGGGUUUCUU